AUGGGCAAUCUGAUGCCGCUUCUGGUGACGGGCAAUCUGCUGCCGCUUCUGGUGACGGGCAAUCUGGUGCCGCUUCUGGUGAUGGGCAACCUGGUGACGGGCAGCCUAGCACUCCACGAGCAUCGUCGCUACCGAGGCCGAAGGUUCGCAGGGAGCUGGGACAAGAACGGCUUGGAGGCAGAGGCGAGCUGGAGGGCCUUGGGCAUCGACCACCACAAUGUCUUCGGUCCCAAGCACGGCUUUGUCAUGCCGAAGAACGACUGGAAGGACUUCUGUUCAUCUAUCUCCAAUGGCAAGCCUGUGCAAUGCUCAGUCUGCCAAGAGCUCGUGGAGCGGGCACGUGUCAACAAGGAGGCCUUGCAAGACGAGGACACCGAGCGCGGUGUAGUGGAGGUGGCUGCUCUGGCGGAUGCAAGCGGGCCUGGCAGCACCGACGAAGGCCUCCUGCAGGUUCGCAAGGGUCGUCGACCAAAGAAUGCAGUGCCAGCUCUGCACGAAGAUGUCUUCGAGUUCCUCAAGGCUGUCAGGACGACCACAGUGUAUUUCAUCCUACAGCACGAAGCCCAAGCUGUCCAUUUCGCAGCCCAGAUGAAACAGCAGAGGCAUGCAUGUGCAGGCUUACGGCUGGAACUGUCCAAUGCCUCGGACAGAACCAAUGCUCAUCACUACAAGAGCUGCUUCAGGACUUGGGCGCUGCAUGACUACCCCUGGCACCUGAAGCAGACCAACGUCCAGUGCUGGGUGGGAGAGGAUGAUGUGGUCGUGGUCCGGUCACAGCGAUGCGUGGAAGCAAAGAUGAAGCAGGCGGCUGGGAAGACCGCGUGUGCCGACAUGGGCCUCCGCACAGACGUCGCGAAGCUGGCAUCAGCUGUCUUCUUGGAGCAGACAGCUGAGAUCUCGAGUCAGCUUGAGCGCAUGGCAGAGGUCAGCUGGCAGGCGUCCCCCCCCAUCGACAUGAAGUACCUCGCCGAGCAGCGGUACCCCGUGCUGCACGACCGGUUGCAGGAGCUGCUAGUUUCCAUCCCUCAUUCCCAACGGAAUCCGGCCAUGCUUCGCUUCAUGGGCAAAGUCCUGGACUACGUGGAUCUGCUCGUGCAGGCAAAGUCUACCUCCUCCAGCAACAACAAAGAACUGUGCAAAAUGUCGGGGACCCUGGAUGGAGACUCCGUGGCAAGGACAAUGAUCACUGGCAUCUUGCACAAGGCCGAGAAGGUACGUCAGGGAAGCAAGCGGCCGAACACCUCCAAGCUGCCGGGCGUGGACCCCAGCGCCAUUGCAGAGGUCGGUUUCGCCCUCGCCAGCUGCGCCCGACAGGAGUCCUUGAUGAAGAUGUUUGGGCUCAUCGCUCCGAAGCAGACAGGUGUCGACAUCCGGCACGAUCACCUUCCUUUGUUCUUUGCGCCCGGGUUGACUGCAGAGCAGGCCAAUCGUGACGACAUGAUCGCCUUUGACGAGACCACCUAUACAGUACAACCUCCAGGCGUUCCCACAGCCAACAGGGAUGGCGUAUGUCGGCGGCGGGCCUCGACCCGCAAGGAGCCCUUUGAUAUCUACAUGGGCCCCAAGAGGCUGGCUUCCGUGACUGCACAAUCCGUGCUGCAGCUGACCGGAUCUAUUUGGAUCCUCAAUAAUGCCAUCUUCCUAGCCCAGGUCGAUGCCGCCCAGUUCGCCGAUGUCCCUUUCUUUCGCGACUGCAGCUUCGUCAAGUCUGAUUGUCAGAUUCCCUGUUGGCGGUUCGGGUCGAUCGAGUACAAAGGCCACACCAUCUUUGCUCACAACGAUGCCGCCACAUGCAGAAGUGCCUCGCACGUCCUGCUGCUCCGCGGUCUUCCUGCAGCGGCUUUCCAAGGCACCGACAACCAGAGCGAUGCACAGGCGGCUUGGCUGCUGAACCCUGUGCUUCUGGAUCUCGAUCAAUGGGAUUGCUUCGGCCUCGCCAUGCACAUGUACUUCGCUGCUUUGUGCACGGGCUCCUGGCUUGCGUCCCACUGCUUGGAUCCGAUGUCGUUGCUGCGGAACUGUCUAUGCGGCUACUACAUGCUCCCGGUCGACCUGAAAGAUGCGAAAGCGGCACGCUUCUUUCAUUGCAUCACGGUGGCCAACUUGUUGGCCACCUUGUUGGCCACCUUCGGUCAAUCUGGGGCAGCAGAUUCUUCACUGGCCCCCUGGCGUCCCAGUGCAACCGCGGAGGAUGUGUGCGAGCAGCACUUCGGCAGGACAAAAUCUAACAUUGUCCAUCGGCUGCCGACGGUGCGGGCGGCUAUCUUGUCGGCGCAGCAGCUUCAUCUUCGGCAGGCCAGGAAGCUCUCCAAGCCGGACAUGGCGAAGCUGUGCAAGUGGGAGGGUCUGAGUGGUGAUGACAUGACCCGGGCUUACGCUAUCUCUUCCGUGUCGCCGGAGCCUUCUGCCAUGGGACCAGGCUUGACUUCGCGAGGUGUGUUGCGGGGUGCUCGAGAUUUGGAUAGAUCGACCCCGAACUGCGACCGCGGCCUCAUCACCCCUGACGGUGUCGCCCGAGACAGGUGUGGCAUCCGGCAUUGUGGAGGAUGGUCACCAGCUCAUCGGGCGCAUGGUCAUCAUCAUAGACCUGGUUCGGUCUCCCGAGUUCAACGGACAGUGGGGUCGAGUCGAAUCUUACGAUCCGCAGAUGCAGCGGUUUGUUGUGCGGGUGGCCCAGACGAACCAGCUGCUCGGGGAGGGCCCACUCCUCGCAAAGCUUAG